CGGAGCAGAGCAGGUCGGGCCUGACUGCGAGCAGGACGAGGCCCGGCAGACAGGCCGUCCUUUACGGUCACCGCGCCCCCCUCUGCGCUGUGCUCUGACUCCCGCAGAGACAAAACCAGUGCAGGGGCGAGGCGGGCCGCGGGGCCGGGUGACUCAGGCCUGGGAGCCGGCUCCCCUCCCGCCCUUCCCACCCUGUCCCAAAGCCAAGGCUGACGGUGGCUGCCCCCUGGUGGCCAGGCUGCGUCUGCCCCUGCCCUCCUCCUCCUCCUCCUCCUCCUUCUCCUCCUUCUCUUCAAGUCUCAGGGUCACUGAAGUUGGCUGGGCACCGGGCCAUCUCGCGCCCUCCAGCCACGGUUAAAUAUUAGUUGGGAGUUAUCAGUGCAGACUCCGGGGAGGAAGGGGAGGAGAGGACGGCAUGAAACGUUCCCAUCUCUGCGCAGCCGCCAGUUCCCGCACAGCCCGACCAUGCCCGUGGAGGAGUUUGUGGCCGGCUGGAUCUCUGGGGCUCUAGGCCUGGUCCUGGGACACCCCUUUGACACGGUAAAGGUGCGGCUGCAGACGCAGAACAGGUACCGGGGCAUCGUGGACUGCUCCGUGAAAAUCCUCCGCCACGAGUCGGUCCUGGGCUUCUUCAAGGGCAUGAGCUUCCCCCUUGCGAGUGUGGCCCUGGUCAACUCCGUGCUGUUCGGCGUCUACAGCAACACGCUGCUGGCCCUCACGGCCACGUCACACGAGCAGCGGCGCGCCCAGCCGCCCAGCUACACCCACGUCUUCAUCGCCGGCUGCACGGGGGGCGUCCUGCAGGCCUACUGCCUGGCCCCUUUUGACCUCAUCAAAGUCCGCCUCCAAAACCAGACGGAGCCGAGAGCGAAGGCAGGGAGCCCCCCGCCGCGGUACCGGGGGCCCAUGCACUGCGCGGCCACCAUCUUCCGGGAGGAGGGGCCCCGGGGGCUGCUGCGGGGGUCCUGGGCGCUGGCGCUGAGAGACACGCCCACGCUCGGGAUGUACUUCGUCACCUACGAGUGGAUCUGCCGCCACUACACGCCGGAAGGCCAGACUCCCAGCUCGGCCACGGUGCUGGUGGCAGGGGGCUUCGCGGGCAUCGCCUCCUGGGUCACGGCCACGCCCUUCGACGUGCUCAAGGCCCGGAUGCAGAUGGACGGGGUGCAGCAGCGGGCAUACCGGGGCAUGCUGGACUGCGCGCUGACCAGCUUCCGGCAGGAGGGCCUGGGGGUCUUCUUCCGGGGGCUUACCCUCAACAGCGCCCGUGCCUUUCCCGUCAACGCCGUCACCUUCCUCAGCUACGAGUACCUGCUCCAAGCCUGGAGAUGAGCCGGGCCGGGCAGUGCUGGCCGCUCCCAGGCUGGCGCAGGACGCUCGGCCCGCCCCGGCCGGGUCCUCCCGGGGGCCUGGCCGGCGGCGGUGGCACUCCCGCCGCCCCACGCGUUAGGAGCCCUCGGACAGACUCCGCCGGCAGCCGUCACCCCCACACCCGGUGACAGACGCGCGGCUGCCCCCACCCCGGGCCCCUUCAAAUCCUGCUCCAGUAACCUGUCACCCCCCACCUCCUCCCCGGGGCCCUCCCUGCUCCCUGGCCGCCCCCUCCCUUGGUGGCUAUGGAUCUGAUGAUGCCAUGACCCGCGAUGGCUUCCCACUGCUCUGAGGCCCUCAGGUAGCCACCUGCUCUGGGCCGCGGCUGCCUUCCGCCACAGGACCCUUGCACCUGCUCCUCUCGCGACCCUCAGCUCUGCCUCUGGCUCAUGCUGGUGGCUCAGAAUCACCGGGAAGGCUUUUAAGAACGUAGAUCGCGGGCCCCACCCCGCAGUCUCUGACCCGGUGGGUUUGGGAGGUUCCCAGGCACUACUGGGGCCAGCCACGCUCCGGGAACCCCGACUUUGCUCUGAUGGGCCCCCACGCCCCCUUCUCCCGGCUGUAGCUGCACUCUCCUUUGUGUGGUUUUUGGUUCUGUCCCUCCCGCCUCGUACCGUGAGCUCCAUGAGGCUCAUGGCCCAAAGUCCCGCUGGAGUGCGCGGUGCUGCAGGAAUAGUCGUUCAACAAACGACUGAGCGAAGAAAGGGGGGAGGAGAACUCCGUCCUGGAGGCCGGUGUCGCGGCGCAGGCAGGGGGCCAAGCCUGCAACGCCGGCCUCCCCCUGUGGGUGCUGCUCUGAGCCCCGGCUGCUCCACCUCCGAGGCGUCUGGGAGCAGCAGGUGACGGCCCGGGUGCUCGGUCUCUGCCACCCGCGAGAGGGACCAGGACGGAGUUGCUGGCUGCAGCCUGGCUCCGACCUGGCUGUUGUGGCCGGUUUUUUCUCCGUGUCUUUCUCUCUCUCUGUCUCGGUUGCUCUGCCUUUCAAAUAAAUAAAUCCUUUUUUUAAAAAAAGAGAGAAAAGGAACCAGCAUGGUCUUCCUGACUCCUUCGCACAGCAGCCGGUUCCAGGCGGCGUUUGGAGGCCGCUGCCCACCCAGCAAGCAGGAAACGCCCAAGGAACCCCUUGCAAACGGAGACGAGGGCGGUGGGGGCAGAGGGCUGCAAGGAGGCCUCCCCGGCUGACUGUCCACUCCAGGACCCUGGAGCCGAGAGACCGCGAGAGCGGGGCGGGGUCCCAACGCCAAGGACACACAGACCCUGGAGGGGCUACGCCUUCAGUGGAAGGAGGGGAAGCCACAGAGGAACUGUCCUCUGCCCCUCCUGCUGGGAACCAGGCCCGGACCCAGCUGCCCCGCGUGCCAGGAGCCUUGGACCUGCUCCCCCCAAACGCCAUCCCCGGGCAGCCUUGCAGGUCUGGGACCCCUGCCUCAGAGAGAUAUAAUGGGUCCUGUUGUUCAUAGCGCCCUCUUGUGCCUGGUUGGGCUAACUACAAGUAGUUUUCUUUUUUCCAGAUUUUAUUUAUUUAUUUGAGAGGUAGUUACAGUGAG